AUGCGCUCGAUUUUUCUGCACUCGAUUCUCAUCUCAUUCGUCUCUUCUCAACUUCCAUUCAUUCUUCAAAUCAACAAUCAAUUCACUUCACUUACCGACGUUGAUUACCGAAAUGCGCAAUUUGUGCCGAACAGUUUAGUGAGAAGGACGAGGAAUUUGCACAAUGACAUGAGAUUUCCAUCAAUGAGAAUCAAACGCGGCGGAGUUGCAGUGGUUGCUGAAAAAGACAAAUGGCCGAAUGGACGUGUUCCAUACAUCCUCUCUGCCGCUUAUACUAGUGCUCAGCGUGCGGUUCUCGCCAAAGCAUUCGACGCAUAUGCAAAGAAGACAUGCAUUCGAUUCGUUCCCAAGUCUCCAACUGAUCAAGACUACAUUGUUAUUCAGAAAUUGGAUGGAUGCUAUGCUGAUUUCUCGAGAGUCGGCGGCAGACAACAAGUAUCAUUAGCGGAUGAGUGUAUCGAUUACUCAACGAUUAUUCAUGAGCUUAUGCAUGUCAUUGGAUUCAUUCAUGAGCAUCAACGUGACGAUCGUGACAGAUAUGUGAAGAUUUUAUAUCAAAAUGUGAUUCCAGGCGCUAACACUGAUUUUGAUAAGCUUUCCAAUUUGGGAUUGUCGUAUUACAACGAAAAUUACGACUAUAUGUCAAUAAUGCAUUAUGAAUCAAAUGAAGGAAGCCGAAAUGGAAAGAAUACCAUCGAAGCCAAGAUUCCGCAUUACACUCCUUUGAUGGGCAGAGCGACCGAUUUUUCCGCUUCUGACUUGAGAAGAGUGAAUCGCGCCUAUAAGUGCUCAACACACUUCUGA